AUGAAAAGAAAGUUUAAUAUAGAAGAUAUAGUAGAAUAUCGAACAAAGAGUAGUUUAGGUCAAUUAUAUAAAGAUGAUUUAAUAGAAAUAUGUCAAGCUUUAAAGAUCGAUACAAUCACUGCAAAGGAUAAAAAACCAUACAUCAUCGAUCAAAUACUUAAUCAUUAUAAUAAUAGAGAUAAUAAUAAUAAUAAUAAUAAUAUUAAGACUAGUAAUAAUAGUAAUGAUAGUAAUAGUAAUAAUAGUAAUGAUAAUCGAGAGAAAAUAUAUUCAAAAGAAGAGUUAUCAAGUUUGAGUAAACAAAAAGUCAUUAGUAUAUGUAAUGAUUUAAAGAUAGAGUAUAGAGAGAGUGAUAUAAAGAAGAUAUUGAUUCAGCAUAUAGUGGUAUAUCAAAAGACAGAGGUUACACCAACAUCGUUGAGUGGUGGAUACUCGCUACCUUGGUCAAUCAUUUCGAGUAUUCUAACACAGGCUUGGAAUGAUGCAAAGUAUUGUACUUGUAUCUAUCCUAAAGAGUUACAAGACCUACAAACCGAGAUGAAUCGUAAGAUUAUCUCAUCAAGUGAAAGCUAUCCAUUCAAGAUUCUCGGUCAACAAUUAAACUCUAAAACCAGUCAGUUUAUCGAUCAAGUUAAAGACAACAAUCAACGAUUCCCACAACAUGCAAUGUACUAUAGAGAUUAUUCAUUGUAUCAUCCAUGGGCUCACUUCAACAUUGAAAUAAGUGGUUUUCAUCCCAUCGAAAUACAAUGGAAGCAGACUAUGUUGACCAUCUCUAAAAAGGUAUUCCAUCAUCUCUCGACUACGAUCUCUCGUAAUUUUACUGCUCCACCACGAGAUCGAGAUUCAAGAGCAGCAUUUGAAAAGUCUAUUUGGAGUCAUAUCAGUUAUGAAAACAAUGGAAUCAAAUUGGUAAAUAGAAUCUACCUCCCAUCAUCAAACCAAUUGUAUCUUGAUGCACCACCUUGGUUUGUCAAGUCGAUUGAACAUGUUACAGUUGGUGAACUAAACAGGAUCAACGUAGGUGUCAUUAAACUUUCACAACUUGACAAUCUUAAAUCGAUUGUGGUCUUGGGGGGUCAACACCCUGAUUACCGCUCACUAAAGAGUCUAAACUCUAUCACUGCUGACAAUUGCAAUGACAAUAACAUCGGUUGUUAUGUACUCUCAUUGGAUCGUCCAAUGACCAAGUUAAUCAUUGAUAGCCCAUCGGUCAUUUUAAAAGCAAAAGAUAUUGUACUACAGUCAUUACAAGUUAUCAGAUUGGAUGUCAAUACAUACAAAACAUUACUUCAAACCAAUAAUCAAAUCCAACCACCAAGAACGAACCUACCCAAUCUAAGACAUGUACACAUUGAAUUUGUAAAUGGUAACAAAGACAUUGUAGAAUUUAUUCUACCAGAUAGAGUAACGACAGUGACAGCUACAAAGUUUUCGAAUGGCAAUGAGGAUAUGUAUUGUAGAUUUUUAGAGAAUAAUCCACAUAUUACAACUCUAAGAUUAAAAUAUAAAAAUAUUAAUUUUACAACACUUGGAAAUGUUUGUCAACAACUCCAACAACAACAACAAUCAAAUCUUUCAAGAAUAGUUGUAUAUUCAAAUAGAAGUUUGACAGUUACGCAACAUCAAAAACUCCAACAAUCAAACGUAUACUUUAAUUCAUCAAAGGAUAUGUUUCUUGGACAAGACUAUAGAAAAUAUAUAUUUUAUAGAAAUGAUCAACAAAAUAAUCAAAUCAUUAAUAAUAUUAGUAAUAAUAAUAAUAAUAAUAAUAAUAAUAAUAAUAAUAAUAAUAAUAAUAAUAUAAAUAAUAUUAAUAUUUCAACAACUACUUCACUCCUACUACCAACACUGCCAAAUACUAUUAUUUUCAAAAUCAUCAAAUUAUUAUGGAAUAGUAUGAAUAGAUGUAAUUGUGAUUAUUCAAUUUCAAAAUCAAACAAUACACAACAAGAAAGAAAGUUGUGGAGGAUACCGCGAAACAUUUUACUUUUAAAAGCAAAUCAAGAUUUUGAAAGCAUUCAAUCAAAUUGUCCACAUCAUUGUUGGUUUGAUAGAUCGGCUCUAUACCUCCCACUCUCACUUGAUAGACACCAUCUAAAAAGUGUCUAUCAGUUGAGACUAUCAAAGUUAUCGACCAUCUCCAAAUCAACUCGAUCAUUUUUAUCUAGAUAUGAAACGACUACAACAAGCCAAGAUUCUUCAGAAUUUCCAUUCAACAACCUUAGAAAACUCAAUCUUGAUGGUAUACGUUUUCGAGACGAUCUGCAACAAUUCAUUUCAACUUUGGAAAUACCACUUGUCAAACUGACACUCCCCCUGUCUCAAUUGAGACCAGUAUUACAAUUUUUGGCUCAAUAUGCAACUGCAACACUCAAGCAAUCUCUCGAAACCAUGGAUAUGGAGGAAACUUCAGAUCCAUUACUUUUACAACUUUCCUAA